UGAAAAAACUGAUCCAUGUCCCUGUCAAUGCACACGCAACCACAAACCAUUCACGCAAAUGAAAAUGAUUGGACGGUGACUCGCUGGCGCUGGGCAUGCUGUCAUGAUAUCGGGCUCGUGGACAGUGCAUUAUUUACUACAUAAGCAUUCCUUACGUAUCCUUGGCUGAAACACUUUAUCCGUUCAAGGUGCAUCAUGUCAUAUACGAACACUAUAUACAAACAACUAAAAGGAAGACUCGAAGUGGGUUUGAGAUGGAUAUUGUUGGUAGCUUGUCUUGGGACAGUUGUGUUAUACUGUAGUGCAAGUCUGACGUUCUUAACAAAGCCUGCGCCGUUAGCAGACAUGAGUGGACGUUUGUCUGUCCCCGCUAAUGGACCAGUUCUUUCGGAUCAAAAUGGAACCACCGUGGUCGAUGCCGAUGUUACCUUCGUUACUGGAUUCUUUGACAUUGGGCGGGGCUCUUGGCCAAGAUUUAUAAGAGAUAAUGACAAAUAUUUCACUUACGCCGAAAGCAUAUUGUCACUGCAGUCGAACUUUAUCGUGUUUGUUCCUGAGGAAUUCAGAUCACGGGUGGAAGCAAUGAGAGCGAAUAUGAUGAACAAAACGGAAAUAAUUUCUCUCUCCAAAGAGGAAUUACACUGCGCCCAAUAUUUGGACCUAGUCAAUAAUGUCAUGUUCUCAGGCAAUUUUAAAAAAGGCCACAAACUUCUAAAACACCCAGAGGGAUUUUGCCCGUGGUAUAACAUCGUAACCAACUCCAAGGCACCCUUACUUUUAAAAGCCAGUCAAUCUGGUCGCUUUAAUACUAAGUUCUUUUACUGGAUUGAUUUUGGAUACGGAGAGGGAAAACCUGGUCGCGUGCCUCCGUCACCUCUAUGGUCCCCCAAAAAAAUCAUGGAUCCAGACGAUCAUCGGGUAAUCUUUAUUUUACGACGGCGAGGUCAGCUACAAAGACUGAAAUCCAUUCGUAAGGAAUAUAAGGUUAACAAAGACCCGAUAUUUGCUGGUGGUUUCUUUGGAGGGACGCGGAAAGCGGUGGAGACGUAUGUUAACCUUCAUAAGAAUAUGUUUGAGGAGUUGCUAAGCAAAAAUAUUGUUGACGACGAUCAGACCACAGUAACCGCCUGUUAUUUAAAAGAGCCGGGCUUAUUUAGAUUGAUUGAUGGUGAAUUUUGUGAUGCUUUUAAAUUAUUCCAAUGAGCCCAAGUAAGAAUAGAUUUUCACGAAUGCCCUUGUUCUUAUCGCAUCUCUUUGUUUUAACGAAAUAUUUGAAUAAAUGAAAAGU